GUGUGUUCAGUCGCUUUCGGUUUGUUGUAUAGUGUGUGUGAUUCCGUCUUCUCUAGUGUCAACGAACUACGAGUGUAGUGCGUUUUUGGUGCAAUAAUGGGGCCGCAAAAGUGCUUUUCCGUGGGACUUGUACUAGCUUUUUCGGCUAUUUGCGUCCACUCGCAAUCCAUCGUCGAGAAAAUUGUGAUGGAUAUGGAUUUAUCUCAGUUUCACCAACAAUUGGAGUACAGCCAGCUAGCGAACGUAACCCUGCAAUACAAGCAAGCGACGAUCUUCGCUCCCAUAAACGAGGCCUUCCAAAGAAUGGGAAAAUUCGAGGGAAACCCCGACGACCUAGUUUUAUACCACAUGACUUCAAUUCCGAAAAAGACCACCCAACUGGGCACCUCUUACACUUCCCUCAACUCGGAACUGGAAGGAAAUCCGCCACUUUGGAUUACACAUACAACAGGGAAUUACCACAACGACAUCUACGUGAACAAUGCCCGACUCCUUGUCAGCCAGUCGGAUAUCAUGACGAAGCAGAAGAAUGGCAACAUUCAGGUUCUACAUAAAAUUGACGAGGUCUUGGUUCCCACGAGAUCUGCCAAAACCGCACAACAUCGGGUUUACAACCCCACAGCCCACGAAUUUCUCGAGUACUACGAGUCGCUGAUUUUUCAUCCGCAUCGAUUGAGGUAUUUCCGGCAAAAAGUGCAACAGCACAACAAACAAGAUAUAUUUAAAACGGAGGGAGGGCACACGUUUUUCAUCCCUGUCGACGAGGGAUUUAAGAACAAACGCGCUGAAUUGAUCGACGGCAAAAUCAUCGACGGUCACGUGAUCCCCAAACACGUCCUUUUCACCACCCCGACAAAAAAAGACGUUCCCUUCCAGACCCUCGCUAACGGAGACAACAAUGUUCGAGUUGUUAUUUCCUUCACGCAAGAAACUCGAGGCCCCAAUAACCAAGUCAUAAAUUACGUGAAGAGUCAUACUCUGUUGAGCGACGGCAAGCACUCCCAAGGGGUUGUUUUGUCUGAAAUAGUCAAAGCCAACAUCCCCGUCAAAAACGGGGUGGUUCACCUCAUCCAGAAGCCGUUGAUGGUGGUAGAUAACAACGUGAGAGAGCUUUUGGAGGAACAAGUGGAUUAUAUUUGCAACGUUGGCAAUAAAAUGGAAGAAGUAGACCCUGAGUAUCUUCUUCAAUACAAGGAGAAAGACGGGGGCAUUCUUAGCAGCUUUGUGAAAGCCAUCAACGACGCCGAUUACCGGGAGUUUUACAACACUUUGGAGCGAUCCCAGGACAUCACCCUGUUUGCCCCUUGCAACAACGCUUGGUCGGACGACUUCACCCUCAACAGCAUCAUCAGCAACAAGAACCGCUUCAAGGACAUCCUCAAGAUGCACCUGGUGCCCGAUAAUCGACUGUACGUCGACAGGAUUCUCAGUAUUAGCCACGGCAGAGACAAGAGGGUGCACACUCUCGACCCCCGCAACGACCUAUACUUCAAUGUAGUAACAUCCGGCACCAACCGCACCGUCACCGUUGAAGGAGGCGGCGUAAACGCCACUGUAAUUCAACCAGACCUCGCAGCCACAAAUGGUAUCAUUCAUGUAAUCGAUAGAGUAUUGGGAGUUCCUUACACCACAGUCUACGACAAGUUGCGAACGGAUUAUUCACUCAACUAUACAUUCCGUUUGGGCAAUCAAGGAGGCUUCAAUAACCAACUCAGCGAUACCACCAAGAAAUUUACUUAUUUCGUACCACGAAACCAAGCCUGGGACGAAGCCAGUGUGGACCACCCCUCAGCUAUCAAAAAGUUAUUUAUGCCGGAAUAUCACUACCACGCCACAAACAUCCUCGAGCGCCACCUGGUGAUAUCCGACGAGCCCUACACCAUGGAACGCAUCAAGCAACUCACAUUGCAAUCGAACCAAAACAUCAACAACAACUACGAACGAAGAAACGAAAUCCAACUUCCAACAAUUCGCGGAGAACUCCAUAUAUACGUUGAGGAGUUGCAAGACCACACUUUCAUAAUCCACUGGAAAGGCGAAAGAAUCCCCGUAUUCAAACCAAAUGUAGCAUGCACCAACGGAGUCAUCCACGUCAUCGAUGCCCCCUUCUUACAAGACGGCGACAUUCGAGUCAGCGGUGCUCCAUCUCUACAUUUCGCACCCCAUUUAAUAAUGAUUUUGGCUGCCAAAUGGUUAUUACUUUAAUGGCGUCCGCUUUUUUAGUCAUAGACUUGUGAGAACUUAAUACAAUGUAAGGAGUUGGUCUGUGAAGAGUUUGCAAAAAAAUUUUGAUUAUUUGGACCCAAUUUCAAUUUGUUUGAUUUUUUAAGUGGAAUUCUUCACAGAUACUCUAAUAUAUCAAUAAACCACGUUUUUUGAAUAAUCCAUAAUCAAUUAAUUGCACCAAUAAGCGAGAUAAUUUUUAUCAUACCCUGUUAGAUUAUUUACGAUUUGUAAAUAAGUCAAUUUUUUUAUUUUUGCAUUUGUAUAUAGGUAGGACCCAAAAUUAGACUAUUUUUAACUACUCAUAGAAAUUCUAAACCAAUUGGCGGAAUACCGGACGAAGCAUUUCAGAUUAUUUCACACAAAAUACUCUAAUCGAUGUUAACAAAAUCAAAAUGUUUAUUAAAUAAAACUAUGCCUUCUCAUUUAGAGCAUUAUAUGCUGUUGAAUAAUUUUCUAAAAAUUGUUGACUGAAUUGAAGUUUCUCUCUAUAUCACGUUUCUAAAUGUAAAAAUGAAAUCAUUUCGUAGUGCCCUUAAACUUAUGACAUUCCACUCUAACAACUGUUGCUUCACUUUGGUUAAACUCAGCUGCAGGGGGCGCUCAAGUCGGAAAUAUCUUGCAUAUCCUGUGUUAGCGCCCUUUUCGUACGUAUGAUUGAACGAAUUGCUUAUUUAAAAUGUUGUACAUACGUGUGGAUGUGUAUAAAUGUUCAUAUUUUUGACAGUAAAUGUUUAUAAAUGUUAGAUAAGAAAGUUAUAGGCUAGAUAGGUUUUGCUUUUGGUAGUUUAUUAUAGGUCUUUGGGCACUGAAAUGCUUCACAUUUAAUGAGAGUGAAAUUCUGACGUCGAGGAUCGGAAAUUCGAGCACAAUUUUUCUUUGGAACCUCGAUGUGAGAUUUUGCUAUCGAAUGAAACCAAAGAAAUAGCCCAUUUUGACUGAAAUGUUUAAAAAAUAAUUAAUCAAUGUCAAAUAUAAAUGUAUAAGAACUGACCGUACCAUAUAAUAGAUGUUUAAAGCUUAACUAUGUUAGGGAAAAUUUCGAAACGUUUAGAUUAUAAAUGUGUGUGUAAGAAAAUAAUUGCACUGCCAAUGUGAACCUAAAUUUUUUACGUAGUUACUGUUUUUUUUACUUGACCCUAUUUUGACUUGUUUCGACUUGAUUUCUAGCUAGGAUUGUAUAUAUAAUUUUUUCCAAUAAAGCGUUCAGUGCUCUUA